AUGGGACUAUCAGCUGUUUUUCCCGCCGCACAUUUGCUAUUUGUGGACGGUCUUGAGUUCCUCUAUAAGAAAGCGUCCCUGGUGUGGAUGCUGCUUAUGGGUGGUAUGUAUAUAGGUGGUGCCGCGAUUUACGCCACCAGGAUUCCGGAACGAUUUUUUCCUGGAAGAUGUGAUUUAUGGUUUCAAUCUCACCAACUCUUUCAUACAUUUGUCGUUAUCGCGGCAUUCAUUCAUUUCCAUUCUAUCACCGAAAUGGCUCAAAAGAAGCUGAUGGAGGGUUCAUGCGCCGAGCAACUGUUAGAAAGAUAUGGAAUAGAGUCUAAUCCAUCCCUGCUUGGUGGGCUUUUAGGCCUAGACGAAGAUCACAACAAAAUUUCAUGGAGCGGUUUUCGUUAG